AUGGCUGUGCAGAGAAUGGAAAAAAAAAUUUACACCAGAUCCAUCAGCAUGAAGCAGAAAAGAGCCAAGCAGUAUAGAAAGCAGAUCCAUCAGUACGUGUCGACGUUUCGGUUCAAGACGCCGAUCCAGUGUAUUGUGGACGACAACGUGAUUUUGGAGUGCGAGAAAACCAAAUUCGAUGUCAUCAAGGCGAUUUCCAGAACUGUCCAGACAGAGGUGAAGCUGAUGAUCACCCAGUGCUGUAUCAACCAUCUUUACGAGACGCGCAACCAGCCGGCGAUCGAGAUUGCCAAACAGAUGGAGAAGCGCCGAUGCAACCACAAGGAAACGUUGUCGAGCAAGGAGUGUAUUAGCUCGAUUGUGAACAUAGACGGCAAGAACAAGCACCGGUAUUUGGUGGUUAGUCAGGACGAGCGGCUUCGACAAGCGAUGCGCACUGUUCCUGGAGUCCCAUUGAUCUACAUGAAGCGGUCGGUGAUGAUCAUGGAGCCGAUGUCGCCUGUUUCGGAGAAAGUUGUUCAGGAGACGGAAGCAAGAAAGCUUUCUGCAGGGUUGAAUGACCCGACGGCGGGGAUUCAGAAACAGGAACAGGAGCCAAGCGAACCAGCUCCCAAGAAACGGAAGGGACCCAAGGGACCAAACCCGUUGAGUGUGAAAAAAGCUAAAAAGCAAACAGACGUUGCAGAGGAGACCCAGGAAAAGAAGAAGAGAAGAAGAUCUCACAAGAAAACCACCACCGAGGACGGUUCGGACCACGAAAAUUAG